UCGCGUUUUGUGUAUUUUUGACAUGUUUAUUUCAGACACCUGAUGUCUCAUAGGAAGUUUGAGGCACCAAGGCAUGGACAUUUAGGGUUUUUACCGCGAAAGCGUUGCAAGAGGGGAAGGGGAAAGAUAAAGGCAUUUCCAAAGGAUGAUCCUUCUAAGAAGCCACAUCUUACUGGGUUCCUUGGAUUCAAGGCUGGAAUGACCCAUGUAAUUCGCGAGGUCGAAAAACCAGGAUCGAAAUUGCAUAACAAAGAGACUUCUGAGCCUGUGACUAUAAUUGAAACUCCACCCAUUACAAUUGUUGGUUGCGUGGGAUAUAUCAAAACUCCCGGCGGCUUAAAACAAAUGAAAACAAUCUGGGCGAAACAUGUGAAUGAUGGUUUCAAAAAACGAAUAGUGAGAAAUUGGUAUCGAACCAAGAAAACGAGUGCGUUCUCCAAGAUUGGAUCCCGGUAUGGAUCUGAGAAGGAAAUAGAGAAGUUGAAAGAGUUGAUGAAAAAGUAUUGUACAUCCAUCAGGGCAAUUUGCCACACUCAGAUGGUUGUUAAUAACAAAAAAAGAAUUCGUUCGGUGCAGACGAAAAGAGAUCCAAUAAUGGAGUUCCAAAUUAACGGUGGAACUAUUGCUGAGAAGGUUGAUUUUGUUGUGAGCAAGUUUGAACAGGAAGUGCGAAUUAAAGAUGUGUUCAAUUUUGAAGAAAUGAUAGACGUUGUCUGCAUCACGAAAGGUAAAGGUUUCAAAGGAGUAACUUCUCGAUGGCAUACGAAGAAACUUCCGCGGAAGACACACAAAGGACUGAGAAAAGUAGCUUGCAUUGGAGCUUGGCAUCCUGCCAGAAUUCAGUAUUCAGUUGCUAGGGCUGGACAGAAAGGGUAUCAUCAUCGAACUGAGAUAAACAAGAAGAUUUACAGAGUAGGCGAUAAGGACGAUAUGAAGAGAUCUGGAAUAACGGAGGCAGACAUUACCAAUAAAACUAUCAACCCGAUGGGUGGAUGGCCACUCUAUGGAUACGUCAAGAAUGAUUUUCUGAUGAUUAAGGGUUCUUGUGGUGGACCCAAGCGUAGGCUGCUGACGCUGAGGAAGAGUCUUCUAUCGCAUGUGGGAUCCAGGAGUGCGAUGGAGAAGGUGAAUUUGAAGCUAAUUGACACCACCAGCAAGAAGGGCACAGGUAGAUUCCAGACCACAGCCGAGAAAAAGGCCUACUAUGGACCGAGUAAGCGGGAGAGGACCGUUGUCGUGUCAGCUGGAGGCGAUAAAACUGCCUGAAAUGAACUGUAUUUCACGGUGCUUUAGAGUCGUUUUACUCAAUUCACUCUUGACCCAAUCA